GUGGACAGCGACGGGUAAUAUGGCAUCAUCGUCCAAAAUAAGCUAGAAAAUCGGAUCAAGGAGCGCGAAUCUGAAGCUCCCCAUCAUCCAUCCUGCAAAGCAAUUGCCAUCCCCAAUCUCUCCGUCGAAUUCGCCGUCAAUCUCGCCACUGCCUUUGCGCUGCGGUAAUCCCACGGCCGAUUCCCCCCCUUUCCCCUAACCCAAUCCCCCCCUACCUCAUGGCAGCCGACGUCUCCAUCCCCGCGCCGCCUCUCCGCGCCCCCCAGCUCUAGGCUCUAGCUCCCAAUAAUCCCGCCGACGGACCCUCUCCCUUCCUUCCUUCCUUCGUCUCCCCUAUUUCCAGGGCUUUUAGCUGAUCGGUGCUUGAGAAGUCGCUCUCGGGGUUUAGAGUCCUCGAUCGGUGCAUCCGUGCUCGCUCUUCUGUUAGGGAGCUCUGACAAGAUGAUCCGUCCAGGAGGUGGGAGAUUAUUUCCUCUCUGGUUAUGUGCAGUUUGUAUCCUCGUGGCUCAGCCAGGAGCUUGCAAUGUGGUGCUGAUGGCGAAUAAUAAGACUUUGUCAUUCAAUGAUGUCGAGGCAAGCUUUACUCCAGCAGUGGAAGGCAAGGGUGUAAACGGUGUAAUCUACACUGUGGAACCUCGAGAUGCAUGCGGUCCUCUGAUAAACAGACCAGAUGAGGGCCCUGUAUCACCAUUUGCGUUGAUCAUAAGAGGUGGCUGCCAAUUUGAUGAUAAAGUUAGAAAUGCUCAGGAUGCCGGAUUCAAGGCUGCAAUAGUAUAUGAUAAUAAAGACAACGGUGUGCUUGUUUCAAUGGCUGGAAGCUCAUCUGGAAUCAGAAUAUAUGCGGUCUUCGUCUCUAAGGCCUCAGGAGAGGUGUUGAAGAAAUAUUCAGGUCAAAGUGAUGCUCAGUUGUGGAUAAUAUCAACACAGGACAACGCAGCUUGGUCAAUCAUGGCAAUUUCUUUCACAGCACUGCUUGCUAUGUCUGCUGUGCUAGCCACUUGUUUCUUUGUGAGAAGACACCAGAUAAGAAGGGAUAGGGCUCUAAUCCCUGCAGCUCGAGAAUUUCAUGGAAUGAGCAGCCAGUUAGUGAAGGCAAUGCCUAGUCUUAUUUUUACAAAAGUGCAAGAAGACAACUGUACAUCGUCAACAUGCGCCAUUUGCCUGGAGGACUACAGUGUUGGUGAAAAGAUAAGAGUGCUCCCUUGUCGACACAAGUUCCAUGCAGCCUGUGUGGACCUGUGGCUCACUUCAUGGAGAACAUUCUGCCCUGUAUGCAAGCGAGAUGCAAAUGCUGGAACACCAAACCUCCCUGCAUCAGAGACAACCCCUUUGCUUUCUUCUGCCAUUCACUUGCCUGCCGAAUCGACGGCUUUAUCCUCUUUCCAGUCGAUGGUGUCUGCAUCUCCACCUAGGCCAAUAAGCCGGCAUCCUUCACUGCAGUCCAUGUCCCGCACCUACUCGAACUCCAGUAUCCCCCGAGGUAAUAACCCAUGCAGAUGUCGUUCCAAUUCGCCUGCCAUGAGUACAAGCAGGAGCAAUGUAGACCUUGCAAACAUGUCCGCAUCCCCAUGGUCUCACACUUCGCACCUUGCAUCCGGGAACUCUCUCAGCGGGUGCCACUUGUCUCCGCCGAUUGACAUCAGAUAUACAUCACUGCAUAAUCUCCCUAAUUCAAGUUACGGAUUCUCCGGUCCGUGCAUAGGUUCUCCCCAUGUCCCCCGUUCGGGCUACGGGUCUCCAAGCUAUCAUCAUCUUGGCUCUUCAGGGCAGCAGUACCCUUACCUGAGGCACCGAACAGAGUCGGGGCCGAGCCUGUUCACCAUGGUGCCCCAGUCACCGCAGCAGACCCAGCUUCAGCAUGGUGGCGAGUCGGGAACGAGCCUGUCAGCUUCAGCGUCGACCAGUUCGCUUCGUCAGGCCUACCUGCAGCAUUGCCCUGACUCUGACGCAAGCCUGUCUGCUGCAACAUCGGCUCAGUCGCUACCAGGUUGCUGAUUCCUCUAUAACAAAGUUCACCACUGAAAUCUUUGUGAGACCUCCUGUUUUGCUCAAAGAGAAAAACUGACAGUCUAAUGGAUGGAAGCUUAUGAUCCAUGGAACUGGCCUGCGGCGGCCAUGUACCAUGGCGAUUGAGCAAAAGCUGGGCUGCCUGGAAGAAAGAGAGAUGAGAAUGGAAUUGUUGACCUUGAAUUCUGACCAACUACUUGCUGGGGAUGAUCUUGAAGAAGCAAGAUGGCUGUUGUUGAGCCUGUAAAUGAGUUCGAGGCAUGUGCUAUUUUCUGCUACUGUUUUCUCACACCACGAGUUUAUUUAUGUUAUGUUGACAGGUUAUAAUUAAUUACAGGGGAUCCGUCCAUUAGUUGCAGUCAGGAAUGUUUUCUUCUUUUUUUGCUGUAUAUAAUAUAAAUAGAGAAGAGUUUGAAUUGCAAGAUGAGAAUAACUCAGGCUUGGAUUGGACCAUGCAUGCAUGAUGUUAGUUCAACAGAUAUACUACUCAAUCUGGGUAUGUAAGGUUUUUGUAUGAUGAAAUCGAGUGUUGUGCAUCUCCACUUUUA